AACAGUCGACAUAAAAAAUUCUUUUUUCAUUCGCUUUUCUCCGGGCACACUUGCUCAGUUUUCUAGACUUUCUAUGCCCAUAUUACCGGAAGAAGAAGAAGAAGAAGAAUGGUGAGGAAAUUGAGCUCCUUCAGGAAGAGUUUUGAUGACAAACGAGUAAGAGAAAGGCUUCUUUCUUCAUGCAACGGUGUUGAUUACACUGAAUUACCUGGUUUCCGGCACAAUCUUGAUUACCAAGAAACUUCUGGGUGUUGUUCUUCUUUCCGGGAGAAGUUUUCUGAGCUAUGGAAGGAUUGGAAAAGAGUAUACGUGAAGGCGAUGGAGAUGGGUCGAACCGACCCGAGAAAGAUCAUCUUCUCCGCGAAGAUGGGUUUGGCAUUGAUGCUCAUAUCUUUGUUAAUCUUUUUUAAGGAGCCGGUUGAAGAGCUCAGUAAAUACUCUGUAUGGGCAAUUCUUACUGUCGUCGUCGUUUUCGAGUUCAGUAUUGGAGCCACUCUAAGCAAAGGGUUUAAUCGUGGGCUUGGGACACUAUCAGCUGGAGGACUUGCUCUUGCAAUGGCUGAAUUGUCUCAGUUGGCCGGAGACUGGGAAGAAGUUGUUAUAGUCAUUGGUAUAUUCAUAACAGGUUUUUUUAUUACAUAUGCAAAACAGUACCCGGCAAUGAAGCCCUAUGAAUAUGGUUUCCGAGUUUUCCUGAUAACGUAUUGUUUCAUCAUGGUAUCUGGUUAUCACACAAGAGAAUUUAUUCAAACAGCUGUAAGUCGGUUUUUGCUCAUUGCACUCGGUGCUAGUGUUUCUUUAGCUGUGAACAUAUGUGUAUAUCCCAUCUGGGCUGGUGAGGAUCUUCACAAUCUGGUGGUGAAGAAUUUCAUCAAUAUAGCAACUUCACUAGAAGGUUGUAUCAGUGAAUAUCUGAACUGUGUCGAAUGUAAGAGAAUCCCUUCAAAAAUUCUUACUUACCAAGCAGCUGAUGAUCCAAUUUACAAUGGCUAUAGAUCAGCAGUAGAAUCUAUAAGCCAAGAGGAAGCUCUGGUAGCAUUUGCAAUCUGGGAGCCACCCCAUGGUCCAUACAAGAUGAUUAAAUAUCCUUGGAAAAACUAUGUCAAAGUUAGCGGUGCAUUAAGGUAUUGCGCUUUCAUGGUUAUGGCCCUGCACGGCUGUAUACUAUCUGAAAUACAGGCGCCUGCCGAAAGAAGACAGGUUUUCCGUAAUGAGCUUCAGAGAGUAGGUACAGCAAGUGCCAAAGUGUUGAGAGAACUUGGGGAGAAAGUGAAAAAGAUGGAGAAGUUGGGGUCAGUGGACAUUCUCUAUGAAGUGCAUGAAGCAGCAGAAGAGUUGCAAAAAAAGGUGGAUCGGAAAUCUUAUCUUUUCGUCAAUGCUGAAAACUGGGAAAUUGGAACACGAGCCACAGUGGUGGAUAUUCCCCAUGAGCUUGUAAGCAUGGAUGAGGACCGAAACUCCUUUCAACAUCACAGGUCUCAAAGUGAAACAGUCAUCAACAUCGACUCCAUCCUUACCUCAAAAAGUUGGGAUAAUAGUUCGUGUAACUUGGCUAGUAAUGACAACCAAACUGCAGGAGUAAUACCAGAAAACGCGGUGGAGAAACCAAAAUGCCGGACAACACAUUCUCUGCCUAAAGAUAAUGAUGCACUAAAGGAGGUGGAAGAGAACGAAGAAGAAGAAGAAUCAAAGACAUAUGAAAGUGCCAGUGCUUUGUCUUUAGCAACGUUCACAUCCCUUCUCAUAGAAUUUGUUGCAAGACUUCAAAACGUAGUAGACUCAUUCAAAGAAUUAAGUGAGAAAGCAAAAUUUAAGGAACCUAUGGAUUUGUCUGAAGCAUCGCCGAAAGUUGGCAUGUGGUCCAGGUUAAGAGGGUGUAUAAAGUUUUGGAAAAGAGAGAGCAAUUUACCAGUUUAGAGGACAAUCCUUCUUGUCCAUGCAAAGGCAGAAGAGUAUAGAAAAGCUAUAUUACAUGGUCUGUUAGAUAAGAUGUUAUAGCAGCUUACACAACCGGGAACUCGAAUCGGUUUGGAAAUGCAACACAGAUUAUAUAAUCCUGACUCUGAAAAGUAUCAAACAUUUGAAUUGGACAACUUCUCCUGCAUGUUUGUUUUCAAUAUAUAGCUAUAAAUGUAUUGGGCUAAAAUUUUACUUAGCAAAGUGUUCUGGGCUCCAAUGCAUUAAGGUCUAACGGUAAAUGUAGGCAGAACAAAUGUACAUUGAAAUACAUCUGUUUACUAUAAUUUGUAAAUUGUUUUUAUUGUAGUUCGUACAUUCUAAGGUGAAUUGAAGAAGUGAUCAUUAUGAUUUAUGGGUGUGUUCAGUCAAUUUUCAUA